AUGGGUCUGCCAUCUUUGUGGUGCUAUGAGGAGGACAGCCUCAGGUCCUUUGCUCAAUCUGUGCUGAGGUUCCUGGGCUUCAUCUUCUGUGGUACUGCUGCAGUACAGGUGUUUGGUGGAGUCUCGGUGAUCCUGAUGAUCAACAACUACAGAUAUUUAUUUCAGGAGUCUUACUUGUCCCUCCCUGGUUGGUUGGCUCUUGCAACUGCACUUACACUGCUGCCUGCUGGGCUUUUGGCUGUUUCUAUUUCUGUGAAGUAUUCCAGCAAUCGGCAAGGGACUCUCAUGUACUUGCUGGUGUUCCUUCUUUGCCUAGAAAUGUCUUCAGCAGCUCUGGCAUUCUCCUACUCUGUUAAGACAACUUCUCAGCUGGAAAGUGCUAUGGGUUACCUGGUUCACCAGCACAAUUGGAAGUGCUCCCAGGAUCCUGGAAACAGUUCUAUGGAUGUGAUACAGAGGAAGCUGCAGUGUUGUGGGGUCCACAAUUACACAGACUGGCUAAAGACAUCAUCUUCUUGGCAUCAUUCAGCUUGUGUUCCUGAAAGCUGCUGUAAGGAGAAGCAUUCUCACUGCAGGGGAGACUUAGGCCAUGUGGAGCAGCUUUCUGACAAAGGCUGUCUAAAGAAGCUGGAGGACCAGUUGCGUUUUGCCAUGCUGUACAUUUUUUGGACUUGUACUGUGCUAAGCAUCUUGGAGCUCCUGGCUGCUGCCAGCAAUGGCUUCCUCAUGAGACAUCAGCCAUUCCAUGAGCUCUGUAUUCUGGAUUUAUAA